UAUUUCCGGUAUUUCAUAAUAUUCUUCUUUCAUCUACAAGUGGAAUAGUGUAAUUUUCAAACAAUUGCGAAUCCUUAAAAUGUCAAUAAAAGUAAUUUGAAGGAUUUUAAAAUAGCCUGGCAAUGGAUCAAAGAUUUUUUCCUAAAAUGUUAUUCCUUAAAAAAUUCCAGACUUCAUGCAUUUGAGAGUGAAUAUAAUAAUUUUUUGCAAACUUCCAAUACCUGGAAUCUAAUCCAAACAACAGUAUUGGAAGUAGUUUUUUUAUACACAAAUCCACCUUCACACACAAUUAAAGAUUCCUUAUUAUGACAUUGUGUUAGUGUAUUUUUGAGUGUAUUGCUGAUGGGGGAUGCUGAUGCGAGUAGCAGUCGAAGAUAUUCUCACGUGUGAUUUCGUGUAUUUUUCGCGUCGCUGUCACUGCAGAUGCCAGAGUUCCGCAGUCACACUGACAAAACGGUUAAAUCGAAUCGAAAAUUUCAAUCAAUUCCGUGUAUGUUAAAAAAUAUCCAAUUUUGUGUUGUCACAAAAAAUUUUCAUCCCGAAUAAAAAAAAAUAUUAAUUAAAAAAUAAAUAAACAAAAAAUCGUGCCACAGGAUGAUGAAAAGAAAAAAGAAAGGAAAGCUCAUUUAGAAUAGAAAUUACCGGUCUCCCUAGUUUAUCCCCCAUAAAAUCAAGGUAUUUCGUGUCUUGUGGAAUCCUUGUCCGAAUAUCAUAUCGACAGGAUAUACUUACAUAACUUGUGUGAUUUUUUCCUCCUUCUCGUCUGUUUCAAAUAAAAAAAAAAUCAUCACACAACCAGCACAAGAAAAAAGGAAGAAAAAAAAAGUUGCCCAAAAAUAGAGUAGAGUAGCCACCUCUAUAACAUCCCUACGGUCGGUGCGGUGUGUCCUCUAGCGUACAUCUUUGUUGUUCUUCUUCAUCACAUCUUCGAAGAGCAACCGCUGCUGCAGUGUAGUGUACCAAAAAGUGUUUGUAUCUCUCUGUCUAAAGUGAGUGUGUGUCUGUGUUCUGUUAAAUCGAAAAGAAAAAUAAGAAAAAAAGGGAGAUGCCAUUCGGUAGGAAAUCACCCCUAGAGGCAUUAGCUCUUCCUGGCGUUAUACUUGCCUACAAGUAUAGCCAAUUUCGGCAGAGACGACGUGAGGCAGCAAGUCGACGUGUUACUGAAAGGGAACUAUCAGCGUUACAUCAUAAAAUCGACAAACUCUUAAGUAAACUCGAAGAAAGCGAACCAGAACCACCCACAUCACAAGAAGAUGAAUGCGUCAUCUGCAUCAAUGCCCGUGCCACAAUGCAAACCUCGCCCUGCGGCCAUCGUGUCGUCUGUCGUCGAUGUUUUGUCAAAACCAUUCAAAGUGCCGUAGCACAACGUCUCCUCCCACUCCGCUGUGUCAUCUGUCGAGCUCGAGUGAAUCGCCUCACUUCCAGCUCUGGCACAUGGCGAAUACAAGAAUCGGCUAGCAGUUACUCAAUGGGCGCCAAAAGUUGGUCUUCAACUUCCGGCUGCAUGCCUCCAUCGGCCAGUUCGUAUUCCAUGGGCGAUGCACACAGUGGCCACCAUCAGUUUCAUGCGCAUUCGGUUCAACACAAUCGAGUCGCUCAGUCAGCCAGCUUGUAUUCCAUGAGUUCCGGCACCUCAUCCAUCUCGAGCGGUUCCAAUUUGACAAGCUGUUCGAAAACGUCUUCCGCAUCGAGUGGCGUUGAUUCGUCGCUGAGUUCAGCAAGUUCAGCAUCGAAUCGACACUACUUGGCUCCACCACCCGUAUCGGGUGGCGGCGGUAAGCCACAUCACAACCACAAUCAUGCCACUUGCCCCAGUGGAUGUUCGGGGGCGAUACCUAGAAAACCACUAUCCUCGUCAUCGUCAUCAUCAUCAGCAUCACCAACGCCUAAUGGUGGCGGCACGAUAAACACCUAUCCUGGCCGACGACUUGGCAAAGGUCGCUUAGCUGACCUACAGAAUCGCCUGCCCCCAAUCAAGGAAUUUCGAUCGCCUGCAAAGGUGCCACAUCCUUCUCCAGUUCAUAUAAGCAAUCCACGGUUUCGUUACUCAUCGUACACGAAAUCAGCAACAAAUCAUCACGAAAUGGUGCCACUCCUUGCCAAGGAUCCCUCACCCCCUCGACGGGCAUCGACUGCCACAAUGUUACUAUCAAAGCAAUCAUCUGCCACAUCAUCGUUAGGUCUUUCGGCGAAAAUAAGUCCAAUUACAUCCAAGAAUUCGGUACCGAAAAAUGGCUUUAUGAUGACCACCCAAGCACAAUCAACAAAAAAUUCAAAAUACACAAAUGGCAGUUUGAAGACUAUCGAAACAACCAAAAUGGACGCUAAAAAUGUUGGUAGUGGUAGCGGUGGUGGUAAAAAAUUCGAUUUGAAUUCAAAUUCAAGUUCUUCCAGUAAAACAUUUCCAUUGUUUAGUAAUAAAUUAAUAAGCAACCAACACAACAACAACAGCAAUAAUAACAGUAAUAACCUAAUAAAUCGUACCAAUAGCAAUCAUAUUAAUUUAACUGUAAACUCUCGUAAUCUUCAUUUAGAGGAGAAAGCUGACAAUAAAAAGAAUGAAUCGGUCGAGCGUAAGAAAAAGGAGGAAAAACUUAAAAUUAAAGCUGAAAAAGAAGCGAGAAAGGAAGAAAAACGCUUAGCUAAAGAAGAAGAACGUAUGGCAAAAUUAAUUGCUAAAGAAGAAAAGAAAAAAGGUAAAAAAGAAGUUAAGGAAUUGCUCCUAGCAAACGAUGGCAAUAAUAAAAAAUUAUAAAUUUUUUUUUAAACCCAAAGAAAACAAUAUUUGCGAUUAUUCUAUCAAAAUAUUGAAACAAAAAAAAAUCAAUUAUUAAAAAUUUAAAUAAUUUAUACCAAAAUUGUUUAGUUU